CUGUAAUUUGAUUACUACUGUAAACACGUAUACAAAUCCGUUGUUUAAAACAAUUUAUUUUGGACAAAAGCAAGACAUCGUGAAUUUAGCUAGCUUUAUUAUUAUCAUCAACUUCCACGACGCUGUCAGGCACAGGAAGUGAAUCUGCAUCGCUUCCGCCGAGUCGCCCAUCCUCACAGAUACGGGUCACUAAAAAAAAAAAGUAAACACGAGUCGGCAGCCUUGAAAAGCAUUUUUAAAACGCCUGUGAAUAAUCGACUGAAAAAGAAAUUGCCGAAAUGAUCAGGAUACACAGCAGGGUGUUAACUGACUGUACGAAACGCGGUAGUUAGUAAAUCUCGGAUUCUGUUACAAUCCAAGGCGUUGUUUAUGUAUGGCGGCCCUGUCAGAUUUGGUGGUUAGGUUUUUGGGAUCUGCUGGCAGCUCUUAUGUGUUGUUUUCCAAGGGGCUGUCAAGAGCUUUGCUGAUUUCCUUCGACCUGGCCUGGAGGCUAAGAAUACAAUUUCCCUAUCUCUACCUCAUUGCGUCCAUGAUAUUCAAUGUGAGAGUACAGGUCCACAUUGAAAUUCACUAAUUUAUUUAAGAUGGACUCAUUAGAUUAUUUUUUUCUGCUAUCAUAUUGACAGCUGUGCAUUUACCUCGUGAAAUUGAAUCAGAAAGAGAAUGCCAAAGGACCUUGGGGACUUGUCUGUUCUCUCACAACCCACAGCACAGGGGAGUGAGGGGGAAUGUGAGCCCAGUACCAGCUCUGGAAGCUUCCCAGUGCCUUAGGUGGCAGAGAAGACACCAUCCCUGGAUUCCAUGUGGGAAUCCAUCCCUUUCCCAUGGAGAAGGGAUCGCAGGGAUACCUUAGAGCUUCCACAGCAAGCUAACCGAUGGGGGCCCGGGAGGGCUCAAGAGAAUGCACAGAUGACACGCCUUCAUCGUGAAUUCAAAAGAGAAACUUGGAGGAAGCCUUCAAAUAUAUUGACAGCACGGUUCUCUCAGACCGGCUACAAGGAGCACAGGAAACGGUCGCUGACCUCAGAGUGUGGUGGCACGCUGAAGAAAACGUUGUGUUUGUAUGAGUUCACUCACCUCCAUAAAGUAUAUUUGCUGUGUUUAGAGACUGGAAUAAUCUGAGAUGGAUUGCGCUUUGCCUUUGUGAGGGAUGUGGGUUGUGUAAGGCCUUCUGCCGUCUAUCGUGUCCUGAAUGCAGUGCUCCCAGAACACCCCAGUGAUCUACUAGAGCGGUGUAGGCAGUUCCUCUUUCUUCACUGUCUUGACCUCAUGCCUUCAGAAAGAACCAGGCACAUGCUUUCUGGUUUUAGAUGUUCAGUGUGAAAUGUAGAGAUACAGUGGUUGCUUGUCAUAAGAGUGUUUGCACAAGCUAAUGUCUGGCCCACUGUAACAGCCUACUCCAUGACAGUAAAUUAAAGUGUUUUUACUGUUUUUUACAUUUUACUUUAAAAUUUUUUGUGUUGCGUUUUUGUCCCUCACAAAAUAAACUUCAAUGAAAAAGUCCAUGGUAAAUUUACAAA